UCUCAGACAAGCCACGAUUGGAGCCUAAUUAGAAAGCUCGGCAGCAAAUAGAUCGAAGCCCCGCAUGAUUGAAUUCAAAGUGGCUGAUGCCCACAUUUCUGCAGGGGCGCGGAAAACUGACGGAGUGGAGAGAAGAGGGGAGCGGGGAGAGGAGAAGGAGAAGCGCGGCUGAGCUGCCACGCGCUGCGCUGCAAACAGUCUCUCCGCGAGCUGGAGUUACAGAGGUGACACGCGAACAGCGAGGCGCACACACACACACACACACACGCGCGCGCGCGCACCCCCCCAACCCGCUCCAGUUUGGAGGGAGAGCUGAAAACAUAGAGUCCGAGUCUACGUCAAGAGCAGAGGACGCUGCGUUAUCACACAGCAACGGAGGCUGAGGCGACACAAGUACAAAUCAGAGUCGAGCCGCCGAGUCCAAGUUGUUCCCUGCGCUUCCGGCUCCAGAGGCUGCGCUGAUGGCAUCCGUACUUGGAAACAGCAGCCGCGCGUCCGGGGCUCAGAGCGGCCAGAUGAAGUGCAAGGUGAAGAGGAGGAGGAGGAGGCGAUGCAAGAGAAAAGAGAAAGUCAGUAUGCUGUCAGCAUUGAUCGCUCCCUUCAAGUACAUAAGCCCUGGGACCAGCGGCACCGAGGACGAGGACAGUUUAAGUACCAGCAGUGCGGAGGUGAAGGAAAACCGUAACUUUGGCAACUUAGAGGAUCGCACCAUAGGAUCUGCAGAGUGCCAGUCACUUUUCCGCUCUGACUCUACAAGGGGUCCUAGUUCUGGGCUGAAGAGGAAACGGCCACUGGAGGAGGACAACAACGGACACUUGUGUCACCUCCGCCUGAUCUAUAAGAAACUUUCCUGGUCUGAGGCUCCAAAGAAUGCGUUGGUGCAGCUGAAUGAGCUGCGGCCGGGCCUGCAGUACCGCAUGGUGUCUCAGACAGGCCCGGUCCACGCUCCGGUCUUCUCCAUUGCUGUGGAGGUGAACGGGCUGACGUUCGAGGGCACGGGGCCCACAAAAAAGAAAGCUAAGAUGAGGGCUGCCGAGUUGGCCCUCAAGUCCUUCAUCCAGUUCCCCAACGCUCCUCAGGCCCAUCUUGCCAUGGGAAACAUCUCAAACCCUUCAGCUGACUUCACCUCAGACCAGGCGGACUUCCCUGAGACGCUCUUUAAGGAAUUUGAGUCUUCGCCGUGCUCUGACGGUCUCUCGCUCUGCAACUCGGAAGCUGAAAGCGAGCUACUGUCGAGCGAGUUACUGCGACAUGGACGGUUGCUCCGCCACACCUUGGACCUGAUGGUGCAGGCACAGCAGAGACUUGGUGGGAUUGUUCCAGAGCCCGAGGCCCCCAAGAGCCCCGUAGCACUGCUGAAUGAGCUGCGGCCAGGCCUGCGCUACGCCUGCCUUUCGGAGCGAGCUGAAGGCCGACGGCUGCAUAGGUUUGUGAUGGCGGUGCGCGUGGACGGGCGGAUAUUUGAGGGCUGUGGCCGCAGCAAGAAGCUGGCCAAGACCCAGGCGGCCCAGUGUGCUCUUCAGGCCCUCUUCAACAUCAGGACGGCCCCUGAGGGGAGGACCGGCCUUAAAGCCAGCAGGAAGAGUUGUCCUCAUUUACCUCAGGACUUUGCCGAUUCAAUAUUCCACUUGGUGAGGGAGAAGUACCGGUCACUGGUUGGCGGCUGCAGUCCUGCACACGCUCGACACAAAUCCCUGGCAGGCAUCGUAAUGACCCAAGGGCUGGACCUGAGGCAUGCGCAGGUGGUUGCCUUAUCCACAGGCACCAAGUGCAUCAACGGGGAGUAUCUGAGUGACCAGGGGCAGGUGGUCAACGACUGUCACGCUGAAGUCACGGCCCGCAGAGCCCUGCUACGCUUCCUUUACUCGCAGCUUGAACUCUUCUUAAGUAAAAGGCCAGAGGACUGGGAGGAGUCGAUAUUCGUGAGGCACAAGGAGUGUGGCUACAGGUUGAGAGACAACAUCCAUUUCCACAUGUACAUCAGCACCUCACCGUGUGGCGACGGGAGACUCAACUCGCCCUACGAAAUCAGCGCGGACUUACACAGCAGCAGACACCUCAUGAGGAAGCACCGCAACCACCUGCGGACCAAAAUCGAGUCAGGCGAGGGAACGGUGCCGGUGCGAUGUCGGGGGGCGGUCCAGACGUGGGACGGCGUCUUACAGGGCGAGCAGCUCAUCACUAUGUCCUGCACGGACAAGCUCACCAGAUGGAACGUCCUGGGCCUGCAGGGGGCGUUGCUGAGUCACUUUUUGGAGCCGGUGUACCUGCACAGCGUGACCGUCGGCAGCCUGCGCCACACAGGCCACCUGGGCCGUGUUUUGAACCAGAGACAGGAGCGCCUCGGCCCACUGCCCACCACAUACAGACGUAACCAGCCCCUGCUCAGCGGGCUGAGCAGUGCCGAGUAUCAGCAGCCGGGUAAGGCCUCGUGCGUGAGCGUCAACUGGACGCUGGGUGACGCACAGCUGGAGGUGGUCAGCACUGCCACGGGACGGAGACGGGACUCGGGGACUCCCUCGCGUCUCUGCAAACAUGCACUGUUCACCCGCUGGAGUAGACUCUACCGCAAGUUGGGGAUCCACGUGUCCGGCUCAGAGGACCACCAGCUCCUGUACUGCGAAGCCAAGAUGGUGGCGCGUCCCUACCAGACAGUGAAGCAGCAGUGGUUCAAGUCCCUGCAGGAAACGGGACUCGGCACCUGGGUGAAGAAACCACCUGAGCAGGAGCAGUUCCUGCUGUCGGUCUGAGGAAGAGUGUGUGUAUGUGUGUGUGUGUGUGUGUGCGAGAGAUAGCGAUAGAGAGCGUGAGAAGAAGCGUUUGUUAAACCUUUAUUUUUUUAGAGUAAGAUGAAUCUGUACAUUUCACCAACAUCCUGUUUUCAUACUCCCAUGUCACCUAUCCUCACAUCAUAACCCCAGCAAAUAAAAAAAACAUGGAGAGGAAGAAGAGGAAACCAAAAAAUAUGGACCUAUUUAAACCAUAGAUAUGAUGGAUGUAGCAGUCAACCACCAGGGGGCAACUGUGCUGAUUGUAAAAAGAAGGUUUGAAUGGAAGUCCAUGGUAAAAUUAGCCAACUUCUCACUUGAUCUAUAACACCAGUAAACAUAUUCCCAAGGAGUUAAUGUUCUCAAUGACACAUUUCAGGUCUUCUUCGAAAGAACCUGAUGUCAAUUUGUAUAAAUAUGUUCCCAUUUAGAGGAAAAUAGACAAUUACAUGUGGCACAUUUGAGUCUGUGUCGUCCAAUAGACCCUUUCAUUGUAUACAAACGUUCCAAGCCUAGCAAGGAUGCAUCAGAAAGAGCUGAUAAAUGAUAACUUACAU